CCGACGGGAGGGGCUUGGCGGCGGCUGCCUAAGAGGGACGGACGGGAGGGCUGCGAGGCUCUGCUCGAGGGGCGAUGCGGGGCUGCGCGGUGCUGGCCUGCCUGGGCCUGGGCUACGCGGGCUACCUGCUCCUGGGCGCGCUAGUCAUCUCGGCCGUCGAGCGGCCCGUGGAGAGCCGGCUGCGGGCCGAGCUGCGGGCGCAGAAGGCCGCCUUCCUGGCGCAGAGCCCCUGCCUGGGCGAGGAGGCUCUGGAGCGCUUCCUCGCCGCCGUCCUCACCGCCAAUCGGCACGGGGUGGCCCUGCCCCGCAACGGCUCGGCCGCCGCCUCCAACUGGGACUUCGCCUCCGCCUUUUUCUUCUCCAGCACCUUGAUCACUACCGUCGGCUAUGGCUACACCACCCCACUCUCCGAUGCUGGCAAAGCCUUCUGCAUCUUCUAUGCGCUGCUGGGUGUUCCCUUCACUAUGCUUUUGUUGACGGCCACUGUGCAGCGCUUGGUUGCCACCUUCACUUCUGGACCCCUGGAGUAUCUGACAAGGCACUGGGGGUGUGAUCGGCGGGCCCUGUCUUGUGGACACCUAUUCUUGUUGGCAGUGGGAGUCCUAGUGGCCUUCUUCCUGGUGCCUGCUGCCAUCUUCAGCACAUUGGAGGACACUUGGAGCUUCCUGGAUGCCUUCUACUUCUGCUUCAUCUCCCUUUGCACCAUUGGCCUUGGAGACUAUGUGCCUGGGGAGCAGCCAGGACAGCCACUGCGUUCCCUGUAUAAGGUCUCAAUUACAGUGUACCUUCUUCUGGGCUUGAUGGCUAUGCUCCUCCUGCUCCAGACCUUCCACAAGAUGGCAGACUUGCAUGGCCUCUCGGACCUGGUCUUGCUGCCUCGAGAUUCUCCCGCCGAAGACCAUCAGCGCAUCCUUGAGGAACAGGAGGCUCCCUCAGAGACAGGGCAGACAGAGAAGGCGCCAGUGCAUUCCGGUGCCUGCACUCAUGCCGAUUACUCCUCCAUCAACAGAUAACCCAAGCUUGAGUUGGAAGACAAUCAGAACAAGCCUACAGCACAGAAGCCUGAAAUUCCCCAGCGGCAGGUGAUUGCUUCUUGGUCCACAGUUGGCUACCUGCUACAGUAUAUUGCUCUGGGUCACUUUUCUCCUUUGGCAGCUUCCGUCCUACCGGUUCUUCUGUAUGCUACCAGAGGCAGUCUGAGCACUCAGGAACAAGAAAACUCAUACAGGUCUCCAAAAUGAAGAAAAUCAAGCUGUUUCAUUGGGGGAAAGCAGGAGGGGGAGGCUUUGUUCGUUUUCAGAUUUAUCUUUUUUUAGAAUGUUAUUUGUUAAAAUGAAUCAUAGAAAAAACCCCGUAAAUGUCCAGACAUUUUAAGUCUGCAGGGAGAGGACAAAUGAUUCUGUGAGUAGGGAAAUAUAAAGUUUUUCUUACCCAGUUCUGAAAUCUGACUCUAUGCUGGCCAGAUUUGUCCCAGGCAUUGUGCGUUAUGCUCACCCCAGGUCAUAUUUUCUCCUGCCAAGCCCUUGAUGGAAGUUUGUAUGGAGCUUUGUUGUCUUGAUAGAGAGGGUGAAGGCCUUCCAUCUCCACCCUUCCUCCAUUCCAGAUUGUGUCUUUUUCCUUGUUUAUCCUACUGACAGAAAUGGGUUGUGUUCCUCAGGAAAGUGUUUGGGGAAGAUUCCCUGGAGAUUUGGGGGGGGGGGGGGUUAAUUCAUAAUUCAAAAUCUGGAGUUUUGGUAUUUUUUUGGGAAGGUUUGGUUCAUUGGUGCCAAUGCGGAAACUUACAAGGCAAGUUUUCCUAUCACUUUUUAUUGCUAUCAAGAUGAAACAUGCCAUACUUAUAGACCACAUUGACGACUGUAAGCCUGCCAAGUUUCAGAACAUUUCAGCCGUCCACUGAUUUUAAGGAAAUGUUUAAACUUUUUACAAGUAAAAUAAGCUUUUUAAAAAACCAAAAGGGGUAUCCCCUUGAAUUUCUCUACGGUGAUAGGACAUGAGCAGGGCAUCAUUUCUGCAAAGUUUCAGAAAGGCAGAUGACACAAUUUUUCCUGACCCCCCAAAAUAAAGUUAAAAGGACCCCAAAUGGGGCUGCGGCUCAGAUUUAAAAAGCUUUCUUUUACAUCUGCUGCUUGUCCCCACCUUUGCCCCACACUGCUAUGGCAGAUAAAAGAGGAGAAGGAGGAAGUGGAAGAAGAGGAUUGAUCUGCUGCUGUAGUCUUCUUUGUUUCUCUAUGGACUUUAUCACACAAGGCUGAUAAUGCUCAAUUAGAGCAGAAUAAAAGUAUAACAAUAAUAAUGGUUGGAAAAA